AUGGUACAACCCGAGUCGUAUAAAUACCACCGAAAUUUGCGGUGGCUGGAAAUCUUCGAAGUUAUCACGAAUAAAACGCCGAGAAACGUCGCCGACAUGGAGUGGACCCCGAUGGAAAUCAACCCUGAGGUGCUGAACAAGUUGAUGAGCAAAGUCGGCGUGGCCGACGGCUGGCGUUUUGUCGACGUCCUUGGCUUUGAGGCCGAUCAGCUAUCCGCCGUCCCCAAGCCGUGCUGCGCCCUGAUGCUGCUCUUCCCCAUCACACAAGAGCAUGACUCUUUCAGGCAACAGCAGGCGGAUAAGGUGGUGCAGAGCUCGGACGCCUACUUCCUCAAGCAGACGGCGACCAAUUCCUGCGGGACCAUCGCCCUGCUGCACGCGCUGGGAAACAACCAAAGCAAACUCACCUUUGAAAGUGCUUCUGUGUUGAAGAAGUUUCUGGAUGAAACUGCCAAGAUGUCCGCUGAAGACCGUGCCAAACAUCUGGACAAGAACCAGGCCAUCCAUGAUGCUCACAAUGAGGUUGCUGCACAGGGGCAGUGUAGGCCAGAAGCAGAUAAGGUCAACUUCCACUUUAUUGCCUUUGUCAACGUGAAUGGACAACUCCUUGAAUUUGACGGGAAGAUGAACGGCCCCCUCAGCCACGGCGCCACCAAAGACGAGACCCUCCUAACGGAUGCUGCCAAAGUGUGCCGAGGAUUCGUGGAGCGAGGACAAGGCGAAGUCCGCUUCUCCGCCGUGGCUUUGUGUCGUGCUUAAAAUCCCUACCGGGACAACAACAACAAAAAACACUUAUCUGCAUUUUCCCAGGCUCUGUUCAGCAAAUUUUGUUUUCAGUCAAGACACAACUGUAGGUUACGCACCUCUUGUGAACUAUUAGCACAACUGUUGAAAAUGUGUUCGAUCUUCCCCCGUAGAUGUGAACAAAAAUCCCACUGCUGUUUUUUGUUUUUUGUUUUUUUUUUUUUUGGCACAAGUGCUUUUCGGACUGUUUAGACGCCUCUUGCUGCUAAUUGGUUGAGCGCUGAUGUCCCUCACGGCCUAAGUGUUGCUUUAAGAAUGUUCGUUCACAUAAUGGACUCAAUGUGAAGCAUUUGGAGAGUGCAAUUGAGCUGAUUUUUAGUUUUUGCUUUACUUUGCACAGAAUUGUGUGCGGGCGUGUUGCAGUGUUCUUGGCACUGUUGGUGUGGCUGUCACUGACACAAAUAAAAUAAAA